UGAUGCUGACAUCAUCUCACUUUUGAAAUGGCUGUGGUUAUAAGCGUCAGUACAUAGUGCUGCUCUAGUAAGUAGCGUUGACACUAGAACAUUCAUUCCUAGCACAGCGCUUGGUGUUCAGGGGAGAAAUGGAUUUGAAACAGCGAGAGUUGAAAGUUAGAAAUACACUUACAAUGCCAGGAGGUGACUUUUUAAUUAUGAUGCUUCUUUGGACAUUUGUUGGCAGGGGGGUUGAUGGUGAGACAGUGACUGGAGUGUUACAUGAGCGAGUGGAGCUUCGAGGACGUUAUGGACACAAUCCAGAUGUGGAAUCUGUGGAAUGGACUAGCUAUGCUGUAAAUUCAACAAAGAAAUUGCUAUAUAUAGUUAUUAAGCCAGGAAAUACUACAUGCUUUUAUCGCUGCCAAAAUAUUUCAUUUAAUUUAGAGAAUAUGAGUCUUAUUUUGGAUAAUAUUACAAAGAAAGAUGAAGGCAAUUAUGAGGAGAUAACCAUCUUUAAAAAUCACACCAUUCGAUCUUUUAAUAUCACAUUGUCUGUGCCAUGUUUGGAGCCAAUGAUUCUAUCUGUAUCAAAAGUCAAUGUCUCUUUUAUCUCUGACUUUCUGACCCUGAAUUGUGAGACCAGCGGGGAGUUUAAGCAGCUGCAGUGGUUCAGAAAUGGCCUUCCGUUGCCCGAUGACCAGAGAUUCUCCCUCAGUAAGAAAAACAAGACCAUGGUGGUGUCCAACCUGACCAGAUCAGACUGUGGCAACUACACCUGCCAAGUAUCAAAUACACACAGAACAUCAGCAGCGCAUGUUAUUGUCAGCGAAAAUGCUUGUCUGCAGGAGAGUUUUUCUAAACACAUCCUGUUCACUGCUGGAUUGUCACUCAUCUGUCUUCUAGUUUUGAGCAUCUCUUUAAUUCUCCUCUGCAAAUAUUAUGAUCGUAGAAAAAUAAAAAAUGCUUCAACUGAAGAACCUGUUUACCAUGAGCCCACAUCUUUUCAGCAAGAAGCUGUUACUCCGGCUGUGGAGCCUUUGUUAGUUGUCAACCAGGACUUCAUAAAGCCAAAAGACUCCCAUCAAUAUGAAGACUUUAUCUACUCCACCAUCCCAGGUGUCCAGGAGAAAAUUCAUCCCUUACAAUUGUCGAGCAGCAAGCUACCGAAAACAUGACCUAAAGGGAUUAACGUGUUGCUUUGGACUGUGUAUAAAGUUGAGCUCAGUUCUUUGUACCUUAA